UAGAAGCCUAGUGAUCCCCUUUCUCGUUUCCGUUAAUGCGACAAUUGACACAACAUGGCGACGCCUCUGAGAAUCCAAUGCUCGGAUGAAAGUUCCGUCGGGAGCCAUACCGCGAUUACAAAGUUCGUCGAAUGUCCAGUCGUCGAAAGUACACCCUUUCUUUCUGCUGUCUUGUAAACUGGACAAGUUUCUGACUUUAAACACUCACUGUAUGAGGGCGCUGGAUACGCUUUUCAAUACUUUUAUUACGGGAAAAACACGAUGAUUUCUAGUCGCAUCAUUCGAUUUAUUCAUACAAACAAUUUGCUAUGGCAAAGCUCAAACAAAUCUCUUCUGGCUAAACUAAGAAAGAAAACUGGAUUUACCUUUGCAAAUUGUAAAAAAGCAUUAGAAGUCAAUUCCAAUGAUAUCCAAAAGGCAGAAGCAUGGCUGAAAGAACAAGCUCAACAGCAUGGAUGGAUUCAAGCGGCUAAACUACAGGGUAGAAGUACCACCCAAGGUUUGAUCGCAGUGAUUGUAGACAAGAAUUAUGGCGCCCUAGUAGAAAUAAACUGUGAAACAGAUUUUGUUGCGAGAAACAAAAAAUUUCAUGGAUUGGCAGAAACCGUGCUAUCCGCCACAUUGAAUCAUGCUACAACAUUGAAUAAUAAUGAUGAAGUGGAGAGAACUCUAUUGGAUACGGAAACUUUGAAAGCAUUACCUGCAAAAGAUGGAAAAACUUUAGCUGAUCAUUCAGCUUUAACUAUUGGUACCAUUGGUGAAAAUAUAACUUUAAGACGAGCUCUAUGUAUGCGAGUUCAAGGUGAUGCGGUAGUAUUUGGAGGUACGCAUCCAGCUCCCAUGAAUCCUAUACCUAUAUCCUUUGGAAGAUAUGGAGCAUUAGUAGCCGUCAAAGGAAAGGAGGAUAAAAUGAUACUUGGCACUCAACUUUGUCAACACAUCAUUGGUAUGAAUCCGUUAAAAGUAGGAGAUAAUAUGGUGGAUCAACCAAUUAUGGAUGUGGAUAAUGAAACCUGUUUAAUAUAUCAGGAAUUUUUAUUGGAUCCUAGUCUUUCUGUACAACAAGUUCUAAAGGAUGCUCAAGUAGAAGUCUUAGAUUUUGCACGAUUCGAACUAGGUGAAAAACUGAAUGGAGAUAAGCUCCUAGAUUCCGUUGAAGUUUGUGGUUGAAAUAAAAAACUAGUCUUUCAAUAUAAACUCUCAAUAUAAAUUUUAUCAUAAUUUACAAAUAUGUUCGCAACCGAUCGCUGUUUUUCCUACAAUUCAUUAUAUUGCUUUUUAAUUGAAUUGUACAUGUAUAUAAAACCAUUACAUUAUGAAAACUCUUACAAAAUGCUUCAUGUUUUUAAGUAGAACAAAUAUAAAUGUUAUAAAAGUAUACUAAAUACGUACUACAAUUUAUUAAUAAAGAAGUUAUUAAUUAAA